UUCUUUGACCGGCUGUACGUCAUGUACACCAUUGGAUAUGCACUGUCCUUCAUCUCUCUUCUAGGGGCCAUUGUCAUCAUAGGCUACUUCAGACGCCUCCACUGCACCAGGAACUACAUCCACAUGCACCUGUUCAUGUCCUUCAUGCUGCGUGCCGUCAGCAUCUUUGUCAAAGACAAGGUGGUCCACACCAACGGAGGUCUGCAGGAGUUUGACACAGCGCUCAUGGACAACUACAAGACCAUCUCUGCUAUGCCCCUUGACAACUCCCAGUUUGUUGGAUGCAAGAUCACCGUGUUGCUCUUCAUUUACUUCCUGGCAACCAAUUACUACUGGAUCCUAGUAGAAGGGCUGUACCUCCACAGCCUCAUCUUCAUGGCCUUCUACUCGGACACCAAAUACCUGUGGGGCUUUACCCUGAUUGGAUGGGGUGUCCCUGCUCUCUUCGUCGUCGCCUGGGCUGUUGUCCGGGCAACGCUGGCAGACGCACGAUGCUGGGAGUUAAGUGCGGGUACCAUUAAAUGGAUCUAUCAAGUUCCCAUCCUUACAGCCAUUGGUCUCAACUUUAUUUUGUUUGUGAAUAUUGUGCGAGUGCUGGCCACAAAAAUCAGAGAGACGAAUGCUGGGAGAUAUGACACUCGGAAGCAAUGCAGGAAACUGGCUAAGUCCACUCUAGUGCUGGUGCUGGUGUUCGGGGUCCACUACAUAGUGUUUGUGGGCAUGCCACACUCGUUCAAAGGGGUCGGAUGGGAGGUCCGAAUGUACUGCGAGCUCUUUUUCAACUCUUUCCAGGGUUUCUUUGUGUCCAUUAUCUACUGCUACUGCAAUGGAGAGGUCCAGGCAGAGAUCAAGAAGACCUGGACCCGCUGGAACCUGUUGUUCGACGGGAAGGGACCGGCGGCAUGUGCCAACUACCGGUACGGUCUCAACCAGACCUCUACCAGUCAGCCGCAGCCGCCGGCCGUGAUCUCGGGCACCUCCUCCCUAUUCUCCAGCCACGUUUACCGCAGCAGCCAAGCCAGGCACAGCGUCGGCACCCACACCACCUUGCCCGGCUACGUGUUCAGCAACUCUGAGGUGGAUAGCCUGCCCCCAUCCAUCCCAGAGGAGCCAGACGAGAGAGCCAAGCAGGUGGACGACAUCUCCCUCCGAGAGUCCUUACCUGUGGUGAAUACCACCAGCAUAGGAGAGGACUUGGAGGAGACACUGUAGAGAGAGAGAGUAGGGGGAAAGUGGGAAUGUACAGCUGACAACAAUUGUGUUUUAUUUUUUUUGAAUGACAGGACAGCGGGAAGGUAGAGCAGGAGAUACACAAGAAUGAGGGCCACAAACAGAAAGUGGCUGAGACUGAACUAAAGACUCGAAUCCGCAUCGCCAAGGCAAUAUGUGGUUCGGAGUUGGCAGCCUUACGACUCCGGCAGAUAUCUUUGAUGUUUUGCGGCUACUGUAUAUCACCAUAUCCUUGUCUUACGCCAGAUAGCGCUUAAGAUUUGCUGUUUUUUUCUAUAUGGUCAUUGGUUAUUAUUUUCAUGGACUGUUAUUUGUCACUUCGAGUGGUGGCUAGACAAUCAGACAGGUCUGUGGCUAAAUAUGGACUGGAAGUGCUGCAGCUACAAAUUAGUUUGUGUCUGUGUCAUUCGUAAUGCUGAAGACAAUUACAGUUCCUUCAGAAA